CGGACCUCGAGGCUGCCUGCGUGCUUGUUGCGCCACGAGGCGGCGCUCUCGCGUCCCACUGGUGCUUGUGCGAAAGCUGGGCAGCCCGAACCGAUGGCGGCGCCGCCAUGGGCCACCCUCGCGCUCCUCGCAACAACCGCCAGAGCCUGCGUCCUCCACGGCACGGACAGUGGGGUCUGCGACUUUAAGUUGGACCCGGCCUAUGCCGACCCAGCUAGAGGCUGGACGACAGAGGACACGCGGGCGUACCGGUUCUACCACAUGCCCUACUGCGGGCGGUAUGUCAGGUACCCCGCCUGCGUGCCGGCCAUGGAGCCCGUGAACCGCACGAGCCCCGACGGCAAAUUGACGCGGCGCAUGGAGUACGAGGCCGGCGGGUCGCAGCCGAAUGAUAAGGCGUACGAGUGGCUCAUGGGCGACGAAGGGACGCGGGCCGAGGCCGAAAUUUACGGGCAGGCCGUGGGCGCGCCGGAGAUCACGGCGGAGUCUGAGGGAAAGGUUGUGGGCGACGACGUCAUCUAUGCCUAUGAGGGCCGAAUACCCCCGGACAUGGAGCACCCCGAGGGUAGAUUUUAUGGCCACACGACGCGGAACAAGGACUUCUGGGUGCGGCGGGCGACGUUCCACAUCAUCGAUGACAGGUUGAACGAGGAGUCGACGAUCCGCUGCCGGGUGCGGGAGGGCACGGACGUCAAGUUCGACAUGAGCGGCCAGAGGAUGGCGCGCGGCAAGGACUGCAAUAGGAUGUACGAGACGGCGGACCCCUGCGAGCACAACUUGUCGCCGUGCGUGAAUAAAUACGGCGAAGGCUCGUGCGAGGGCGUCGACGCGGACCGGUGCGAGGGCAAGGACCCCUUCAACCCGAACGGGGGCCCGACGUGCGGCCGGGGCGGGCGGAAUUCGGGCUGCCGGGGCUGGCCCAUCGAGCCGCGCAUGUCGCUGGUCGUGGCCAAGGGUCACGGCGAAGCGGAUACGGACGAACGGUGUCGGGGCGAGGCCGGCGAGCGGUCCAGGAGUAACCCGGACAAGGUGAACAAGGACAAGGAGCCGAUGGAGAAGGGUUCGAUACAAUGCCCCGGCGGGAACACGUGCCAAAAGGCCUUCCGGGCCUAUUUUUGUUAUCUCAAUUUCCCGCGGUGCUACUGGGACGACCGGACGGACGAGAUGAAGAGCGUGCCGUUGUGUCGCAGCGCGUGCAAGAACUUCUUCAAGGCGUGCAACUACGAUAAGAGUUUGUGGAGAUGCGGUCGUUCAGAAUGGAUGAACGGGAACGAGCCCGAGGACUUCGCGGCGUAUGGAAGGUACAUGCGCGACUUCUUCCCGGGCCAGCCCUUCCGCAACUCCUACAAGUCGAGAGGGUAUCGGAAUAUUCAUGGGCGGUGCACGCCCGGCGUGCCCGACGACGAAUUAGGUUAUAGGGGUCCCUUCGAGGUGCGGAAGGACGAGGACAAGGAGGACGUCGAGGAGCAGCGUAGGUUAGGGGAGGCGAACGAGACGGCGCUGGACCGGCGGCGGGGGCGCUUUUAUGCUUGGCUCGAGGGGAUGGGGGUGGUGUAA